CCUUAUCCUCCCUCUCCCAUCUUCCCCUUCCCUCUGCUCGACGUCGGAUUCUAUCGACUCAACUUGAACUCAGCCGCUCCUCACGAUCAAUAAAACAAUAUGGACGGCGCUUCUUCUUCUGGUCAUCAAGAGAGCAUGACAUCCAGGGAUUACUAUGCCGACUCGUACGCGCACUUUGGUAUUCACGAAGAGAUGCUCAAGGACAAAGUCCGCACGCUCUCCUACCGCUCCGCGAUCGUGAACAACGCGCACCUGUUCAAAGACAAAACCGUCCUCGACGUCGGAUGCGGAACUGGUAUUCUCAGUAUGUUCGCUGCCAAAGCGGGCGCAAAGCAGGUCGUCGGGAUCGACAUGUCGAACAUCAUCGAUCAAGCUGUCAAAAUCGUCGCGGCGAAUGGGCUCUCGGACGUCAUCACCCUCGUCAAGGGCAAACUCGAAGAAGCUGUGCUCCCCAUCCAAGAGUUCGACAUCAUCAUCUCGGAGUGGAUGGGCUACUUCCUGCUGUACGAGUCCAUGCUCGACACCGUUCUGCUCGCCCGCGACAAGUAUCUUAAGCCCGGAGGCCUUAUCUUCCCCGAUCACGCGAUGCUCUAUCUUGCUGCCAUCGAGGACCAGGAAUACAAGGAGGAGAAGAUCAACUUCUGGGACGACGUCUACGGGUUCGACUACUCGUGCAUCAAGGACAUUGCAUUGAGGGAGCCUUUGGUGGACACCGUCGAACUGAAGUCAGUCGUGUCGAACCCAUACCUCAUCAAGCAUAUAGACCUUACGACCGCAAAGAAAGAGGAUCUGGAUUUCUCCGCGGCCUUUGAAUUGAAGGCAACGCGUAACGACUAUGUACAUGCCUUCCUCGCGUGGUUUGACGUUUCGUUCGACUGCACACACAAAAAGGUACAGUUCUCGACCGGGCCCCACGCGAAGUAUACCCAUUGGAAGCAAACUGUCUUCUACACGCCCUCGACGCUCACGAUCUCGGAAGGCCAGUCGAUCAAGGGCACGUUGAAGUGCUCGCCGAACGCGCGGAACAACCGAGACCUCGAUAUCACGAUCGGAUACCAAUGCGGCGACGAGCCAGAGACGGUCGUGGAGUAUAAGAUGUACUGAGCGUUGAGCGCUGUCGAGGGGACGUACGAACAGGGCUGAUGCGGGACCGUUGACAGGCUCUGUUAUUGUUUCUAAUACGUGUGUACUUUGCGGGUACUUGUCGUGGUAGCUCUCCGUGAUUUGAAUAGAAGCCUAGAAGAAGACCGUCGGGCUGCCGCUGAGCGGUGAACCGCCUGCUAUGAUGAUC